UGAUGUGAUACAAUUACCGAGUAAGAAGAAAGAGAGAGAGAGAUGGCUAUAAAUUGGUUUAGAGCAGUGCCCAAAUUACGAUAUUCAGAGCCCGAAUUCAUCAGGUCACACGCAUUCUCGCCCUCUUUCUCACCUACCAAAAGGGCCUUCUCUGGAAGUGGAAGAAUAGCAACGGCUUUAUCAUCUUCUUCUUCUUCAAUGUCCUACGCAAAGGAGCUCGCUGCUGCCAAAAAAGCUGCCUCGCUCGCUGCUCUCCUCUGCCAGAAGGUGCAAAAGGCCCUAUUGCAGUCAGACGUUCAUUCAAAAUCAGACAAAAGUCCAGUAACAGUGGCGGAUUACGGUUCACAGGCUAUUGUGAGUUUGGUACUGGAAAGGGAAAUUCCUUGUGAAUCGUUCUCGCUUGUGGCCGAGGAGGACUCGGGAGAUCUUCGGAAGGAAAGUGGGCAGGAAACACUAGGGCGCAUAACAAAACUUGUUAAUGAUACUCUUGCCAAUAGUGACUUUUCCAGUGUUUCUAAUUUAACCACUGAAGAUGUGCUCAGAGCUAUUGACAAUGGGAAAUCUGAAGGUGGUUCUAGCGGCCAGCACUGGGUUCUAGAUCCCAUAGAUGGAACCAAAGGGUUUGUUAGAGGAGAUCAAUAUGCCAUAGCAUUGGGAUUGCUGGAUGAAGGAAAAGUUGUGUUGGGUGUCCUGGCCUGUCCGAAUCUUCCUCUCGCAUCCAUUAGUGGCAAUAAUCAGCAUUCUUCAUAUGAUAAAGUUGGUUGUCUUUUCUUUGCUACAGUUGGUACCGGAACAUAUAUGCAGCCAUUGGAUGGUUCUUCCCUGAUAAAAGUGCAUGUCAGCGCUACUGAAAAUCCUGAAGAAGCUUCGUUUUUCGAAUCUUUUGAAGCAGCACACUCCUUGCAUGACUUGUCUAGCAGCAUUGCUCAGAAACUCGGUGUCAAAGCCCCGCCAGUAAGAAUUGACAGCCAGGCAAAGUAUGGAGCACUUUCCAGAGGAGAUGGAGCAAUAUAUCUUCGUUUUCCCCAUAAAGGAUAUCGUGAAAAAAUAUGGGAUCAUGCUGCUGGGUGCAUUGUCGUGACUGAAGCUGGGGGUGUGGUCGCAGAUGCCGCGGGGAACCCAUUGGAUUUCUCAAAGGGGAAGUAUCUUGAUCUUGAUACGGGCAUAAUCGUCACAAAUCAGAAACUAAUGCCAUUACUAUUGAAGGCAGUUAAAGAAUCCCUGGACGAAAAAGUUUCAUCUCUCUGAUUUUUUUUAUCAGGGCAAUAGUAAUUGGAGGAUCUUCAAGGCAACGUUCCUAACAAAUGCUUUCAGAAGCAAUAACGUUCAGCGUUUGUAUUGUGAUACAGUGUUUUCUGUGUAGGAUAUUUGUCCUUUCACUUGCCUUAUUGCUGUCCCGUAUGUUUUUACAUGAUAUUAUAUACGGAAUUGGUUUAUGCUUUAAAGUUUAAACCGUGUUGUUACUUAUUUUUACUUGUGAAUUUGACUUGAUAUCGGCC